CACCGUGUAAUAGCUCCAGAAUCAAGUUAUGCGGUCCCUGUUCCAGAGACAGAGACCUGCAAUGUCGUUGCGAUUUUUGAGAUUGAACAACUUUCCUUUUGUUUCUUUUCAUUCUCACUCUCACUCUCUUCCUCCUUCGAUUCACAAUGUUGAUGACGUUGUCUCCAUCUUCAAUCGCUUGCUACGAAUGAGUCCUACCCCACCCAUCAUCGAGUUUGGUAAGAUUUUAACUUCCCUUGUGAAGAUGAAGCAUUACUCCACUGCAAUUUCACUUUCUCACCAAUUGGAGUUCACUGGAAUUACGCCUGAUAUUGUCACUCUCAACAUCUUGAUCAAUUGUUACUGCCAUCAAGCUCAAAUCACUUCCGCUUUUUCUGUGCUGGCCAAAAUUCUCAAGAAAGGUUAUCAGCCAAACACCAUCACCUUCACUACACUUAUCAAAGGUCUCUGUCUUAAUGGUCAGGUUCAAACAGCACUGCAAUUUCAUGACCAUGUGGUAGCACAAGGGUUUCAUUUGAAUCAAAUUAGUUACGGGACCUUGAUCAACGGAUUAUGUAAGAUGGGACAAACAAGAGCUUCACUGCAGUUGCUGCGAAAGAUUGAAGGGAAAUUGGUUAAGCCUGAUGUGGUAAUGUACAACACUAUCAUUGAUAGCCUGUGUAAAGAUACACUUGUGACUGAUGCGUUCAAUUUAUAUUCGGAAAUGGUUGCCAUGAGAAUUUUACCUAGUGUUGUCACUUUCAAUUCCUUAAUAUAUGGCUUUUGCAUUGUGGGUCAAUUGAAAGAAGCAAUUGCUUUGUUAGAUGAAAUGGUGACAAAAAACAUCAACCCGGACGUUUAUACUUAUAAUAUAUUGGUCGACGCUUUUUGCAAGGAAGGAAAGGUGAAAGAGGCUACAAAUGUGUUAGCUGUCAUGAUGAAACAAGGUGUGAAACCUAAUGUUGUUACUUAUACUUCUUUAAUGGAUGGGUAUUGCCUAGUUAGUGAAGUGAACAAGGCCAAAUACAUAUUAAACUCCAUGCCUCAAAGGGGAGUUACUCCUAAUGUUCAAAGCUACAAUACCAUGAUUAAUGGAUUAUGCAAGAUUAAAAUGGUUGAUGAAGCUUUGAAUCUCUUUGCAGAAAUGGACUGCAAAAAUAUUGUUCCUAAUACUGUGACUUUCAAUUCUCUUAUUGACGGUUUAUGCAAAUCAAGGAGAAUCUCUCAUGCUUGGGAGCUUGUUGAUGAGAUGCACGUUAAAGGUCAACCAGCCGAUAUUAUCACCUACAAUUCUUUAUUGGAUGCUUUAUGCAAAAGUCAUCAUGUUGACAAGGCAAUUGCUUUAAUCAAGAAAAUUAGGGAUCAGGGUAUUCAGCCAGAUGUGCGCACAUACAAUAUACUUAUGGAUGGACUAUGCGAAGAAGGAAGACUUAAGAAUGCACAAGAGGUUAUUCAGGAUCUUUUAACUAAAGGCUAUCCGGUAACUGUCCGAACAUAUACUAUUAUGAUCAAUGGGCUUUGUAAAGAGGGUUUGUUUGAUGAAGCAUUGACCUUGCUGUCUAAAAUGGAAGACAACGGUUGCAUGCCUGAUGCUAUAACUUUCGAAACAAUCAUUCGUGCUCUAUUUGAGAAGGGUGAGAAUUAUAAGGCAGAGAAACUUCUACGUGAAAUGAUGGCAAGAGGUCUAUUGGAAUAGUAAAACUAGGGUGACAACUACAUGCACGCUAGUUCAUUUGGCAUUAGAAACAGAUCAUACCACUGAAAAGUAUCUCAAUAAAGAAAUGGUUUGAGGAAAUAUAGCUGAGGAGGAAAGAGGAACAUAGAUUGGCAGAGUCAGGUGCAUGAACCAAACAUAUGGAGUUGGAUGAUUUAUUUAUUAGGGAAAAGGUCUUCAACAAUAGUCUAAUUGUUCAUCAUAUACCUUCACUGGAUCAAAGGGUUAAUAUCUUCACCAAAGCACUCUUUAAUUACGCUUCAACUCAUUGAGAGACAAACUCAAUGUGGUUAACAAGUUUUCACUUGUCAACCCAUCUUGAGUUUGAGCGGGAAUGUUUGUGUUGUUAGUUUCAGUUCAUUAAUUAUAAUUUUGUUAUAACUACUGUCAGCCAAUGUUAUGCUAGCUGGUAGUUAGUUUUCUGUUUUCAUACAAAAUAGUUAGUUUGUAUAGCUUCUCUUGCAAGCUACUUGUAUUGCUCAUCUAUAUAAGAGCAUCUUAUUGUAAACACAGAUUCAGAAUAUGAGAUACAGUUUG